AUGACUUGGCUCCAAUGGGCUCAGUUCUUCUGCGGAUGGCUGGCUUGGACGUGCGACGCUAUCGACUUUUUCUCUGUAUCCCUCAGCGUUACGCACCUUCAAAAUCAAUUCAAUAAGUCUACUCAUGACAUCACGACCGCAAUUACCCUCACAUUGUUGUUCCGACCGCUGGGAGCGGUGUUAUUCGGCAUUGUCUCGGAUCGCUAUGGCAGGAAGUGGCCCCUCGUUUGUAACCUUGUCCUUGUCGCCGUCCUCGAGCUCGGCGCUGGAUUCGUGCAAAACUUCAAGCAGUUCCUUGCGCUCCGAUCCCUCUUCGGUAUUGGCAUGGGUGGGAUCUGGGGUCUAGCAGCUUCCACAGCUCUAGAAAACUUGCCCGUCGAACUUCGCAGUGUCGGUAGUGGUUUCCUACAGGAGGGUUACGCGGUUGGAUACCUCAUCGCUGCUGUGAUCAAUCUAUACCUCGUUCCAGAGGUGCAAGGUAUCUUCAUUGGUGUCGUCGCCGCAUUCGUCGUCUUCAUCACCAUCGUCGGACCUGAAAAACACGGUUCGCACUUUGAGCAACACAAAGCUGCCUUCGAGCAAGGCGCCGCGGAAGACGAUAUCCCGGAAAAUGAUUUUGUAUCCAGAGGCCCUGACGAGAAGGAGAGCAGCAUUCACCAAACUGAGUGA